GCCAAGGUUUUUUUUAUCGCUGAGUGACACAAUUCAGGCUCCAUAUCUGCCCGCCUAUUUUUAUCGAAGCGAGCCGAAUGAAGCCCACGAGGCAUCUUGCGUUCAUAUUUAGUCGAGCCAUCGUCAAUCAAAGAUGUGGAUUCUAACAUUGAGUCUUGUUACCAUCGUCUUCUUCCUCAUUUACCGCUGGUUAACAUCAGUCAACAACUACUGGCGGGACAAAGGAAUACCCUUUGUCAAACCGGUGCCUAUUUUCGGCUCCAUGUUCCCAAUAGUGGCUGGAAAGAAGUCUUUUGCAGACCUUUUAGAGGUGCAAUAUGCAGAAAUUAAAGCCAGCGGAAAAGGGUAUGGUGGAAUCUACGAAUUUAUGACUCCGACAAUAAUGGUGGUUGACCCUGAAAUCAUCAGGAAGGUCACUGUCAAGGAUUUCGAGCACUUUGCCGAAAGACGCACGCCAGACAUGGCAGAUGACACCGACCCAUUAUUUCAUAGAUCUUUGGUGAGUUUGAGGAGCGACGAGUGGAAGGAGAUGCGCAAUAUUCUCAGCCCUGCAUUCACGACCAGCAAAUUACGAGGAAUGUUUCCGCUCGUUUCAAAAUGCUCGCGGGAAUUUGCAAAAUCUCUGGAAAAAUACGCGGAAAGCGGCGAGCCCGUGGAGAUGAACAAACUUUUCAACCGGAUGGCGAACGACGUGAUAGGAAGUGUCGCCUUCGGACACGAAAGCCGCGCCAUCGAGGACGAGAAAGACGAGUUCUUUAUUAUGGGUCAGCGGUUGAAAAACUUUUCCGGCCUGCGGUACUUCAUCGUGGUCGGUUACAUGCUUUUUCCGAAGCUGAUGAAACUGCUCGGCAUCUCUUUCACGCCAAAAGAUAUCAGCGUCUACUUCAGGCGGCUUAUCAUUGGCACCAUGGAGAUGAGAGAUAAGUUCGACUUGAGUCGGCCUGACAUGCUCCAAUUGCUGAUGGCAGCUCAAAAAGGGGGCAUCAAAAGAGAAGAAGGAGACGAAUUUGACACUGGAACUGUCGGAGAAGAUUUGAAUGCAAAUUCCGAGCACCAGAGAGUAUUUUCAGCACCCAAAACAGAUUGGAACAUCAGAAGAAAUAUCACGGAUGUGGACAUUGCAGCGCAAGCGUUUAUCUUCUUCCUUGCUGGGUACGACACCGUGUCUAGUGUGCUCAGUUUCGCGGCGCAUUUGCUCGCAUGCCACCCUGAAGUGCAGGAAAAGCUACUUGCAGAAAUAAAAAUACAAAAUGAAGUCACUUACGACUCAAUCAGAAGCAUGCGAUAUCUAGACAUGAUCUUAAGCGAAACCCUUCGAUUAUACCCCCCAGCAGUAUUCUCAGAUAGAAAAUGCACAAAAAAUUACAAUUUUCCGGACUCGGAUUUUGUCAUGCAAAAGGGACAGGGAAUCGUUUUUCCUAUUUACGCUCUGCACAGAGAUCCGGAAUAUUUCGCAAACCCGGACAAAUUCGACCCUGAGAGAUUCAAUGACGAGAACAGGAGUUCGAUUCGACCCUACACGUAUUUGCCUUUUGGCUCCGGCCCUCAUAAUUGUAUAGGGAUGAGGUUCGCAUUGCUGGAGGCGAAAGUGUGUUUAGUGCAUUUGGUCGAAAAUUUUGAGCUGCAAGUUUGCUCAAAAACAGAAAUCCCUUUGAGAUUAUCAACGAAGACGUUUCAAAUGAUAACCGAUAACGGCUUUUGGCUCAAUUUGAGACCGAGAGGCAAAUAAAAAGCAAUUUCAUUAAAUAAAAAUAUGAUAUAUAAU